AUGGAAAAAGCAACUGCAGAGAAUCUACAAAAUUCAUCUGACCGUAAAGCUCAGAAAACCAAAGAAACCAUAAAAAACAAUUUGGAUUUCCCAUUAGUAAAAAUUGAAGCCGAAGAAAAAUCAAAACAAAAGGAUUCAGGUUUGGAUGAACGGUCACCAACGUGGGGUCAACCUGAUUCAUUGACCAUUAGUUUUGAAUCUGAUUCUGAGUCAAUGGCCUAUACUACUUCUUCUGAUAGUAGUGAGAUUUCAUAUUCAUAUUUUGUCGAAUCGCCUCCUUUAGCAGUUGUGCCUAUUUCUUUUAUUGAGCCUGAGGAUUUCAAAGAGUCAGAUGAAAAACCUAUGCCUACUGAGCAUAGGCCUCUUAAAAUGGUGGGAGUUGGUAUGCGUAACUUAGGCAACACAUGCUUCUUUAAUGCGGUUGUGCAAUGUUUUAUGCACAGUGUGGUGUUGCUUCAACUUCUUGCGUUGUUUGAUCAUGUAUCACCGUGUGAUACUCACUUAACCGGAUUUUGCGUAGUUUGCAUGAUUCGACAGAUAGUUGACCUUUCUAUGUCUAGUGGCUCUGAUAAUGUCAUAUCAAACAAAAUUUUUAGCCACUUGAAUGAUUUUUCGCCUACUUUCCAUCCGAAUCAACAAGAAGAUGCACAUGAAUUCUUACAAUGCUUUCUCAAUAAGCUUGAAAGUUGUUGUUACAAUUUAGAUCCACGAGACAACAUUGUGAAGAAGGCCUUUGGUGGUCACCUAGUGAGCAUGCUUCGUUGUUUCAAUUGUUGUCAUUUAUCUAUCACACCCGAGCCUCUAAUAGACCUAAGCUUGGAGAUUGUGGACGUUGAUUGUGUACCAAAAGCAUUGGAGUCUUUCACUAAAAUCGAGAAUAUUGAAUUUUUUUGUGAAAAGUGCAAGACACAAGGUCCAUUUGAGAAGCAACUCCUCAUCGAUCAUGCCCCUUCUAUUGCUACCCUUUGUUUGAAGAGAUUCGUAAAUGACGGAUUUGAUAUUCAGAAGGAAGAAAUGAAGUACGAUCUGUACGCAGUUAUAGUGCAUUCGGGGUUUUCAAUCUCUUCAGGGCACUAUUACAGCUUCAUUCGUUGCAAUCCAAAUGAAUGGUACAAAUUUGAUGAUGAGCAGGUUCAUUGGGUACAUGAAGAUCAUGUUCUGGAAGAGCAAGCGUACAUUUUAUUUUAUACGAAGAGACACACUCUAUGGUUUACAGAUUAUACACAAAUCCACAAACCCUUCGUAAAUUUGGUUAUCCCCUCAACUUCUUCGUGCAUUCCAAAUAAUCAUGCUUCUGAUGUUGGUGAAUCUAAUCAUGUGGCAGAUGACACAUCUCCGAAGGCUACACCCAACAAGAGAAUCAAAGGAGACUAUUAG